GCUACAUAAUGUCGAGUCAUGUAAGUUCCCGAAGAGAGAAACUUGUUGGCUUAGACACUAAGGAGUCUGGAGACAAAGUAUAUAUGAUUUGCAUCAACUCCAAGAGUGACUGCAAGAAUUGGAUAGCAGUUUGUUGCAAACAGACAAAUGGCAGCAGACCAUUUGCAAGACUUUGUGCAGCCUUUAACUUUUGGCCUGUGCAUGGAGCACCAGCACUCUCCAUUCAGCGAUGCACUAAGCCUCCACUUCGAGCCGAUCUACGGUCACCGAUACAAUGGGCGUUUCUCCUACUUGCACUUCCCCACACACCUGAGCAUGUAUGACUGCUCCUUUGAACCAGCAUUUAUCCGUAAACGAAACGAGCGUGAAAGGCAGAGGGUCCGGUGUGUGAAUGAGGGCUAUACAAGGCUCAGAGAGCACCUGCCUCAAGAGUUUGAGGAUAAAAGACUGAGUAAGGUGGAGACAUUACGGGCAGCCAUCAGCUACAUCAAACAUCUACAGAAUCUCCUGGAGCUCCGGCUGCCAGAUGCCAUGAUGGAGUUGUCUCCCGGGAGUGAAAGACAGACUGAAGCUAUGAGGCAGCUCACAGAGUGUAACAGUGAUGGAGAGUCUAAACACAGCUUGAGUGACAAUGGGGAACCAUGCUACUGAAGUCUAUAAUAUUGGACCAUUCUUUUGUCACUACAAACAAUAACAAACUGUGGAGAAGGAUAUCUUUUAUAAUAUAUUUUCCUGAUAUGUUAAAUAUUAUUUGUUUUCAUAUAAUUAGAGAAUCGUGCUAUUCAGCUAACGUGGAUUUCUCUGAAACAAAAAAACAAACAUAAUCCCUUUAAGAAUUUGUUUUAACUUUAAUAUGUAGCUUGUUGCAUUGGUGCCAUGUGAGUCAAUUUGGGGAGUGAAUUGGGGGAAAAGAAAAUAAACAGGACUGGUGUGCAUUUUUGGGUCACUUUAAUUAAAAAUUUAUACAUUAACAUUGAAGAAAAUGAAUUAAAUUAUGUGCAAUAUGUUUGAAACCAGUUUUCAUUUUUCUUUUCUUUUCUUUGCAUAUUAAUUUUUGUCUGCGCAAAAUAUCCACAAUCAUUAAAUCACACAAGCUCUUGAAUGUCAAACUUUUCCUGAAAUGCUGAAAUAGUUGUUAUUAAGUUCUUAUCAGUUAAAGAAAAGGUCAGGGUGCUUUUGUUCUUGUUGCUGUUCUGCUGCUGUGAAAGAAUUCAACAUAAAUAAGAACAUUUAUAAUUAGCUAAAUUAGCUGGACAGAAGCAAAGCGUAUUAUAAAAUGUACUCUGCUGUUAUUUUCUGUCACAAUGUCAGGCUUCUUUAUUAAACUGGAAGGCACGCUGUGUGAAAUUUCUCAGUUCACUCAGUUUAUGGCAUAAAUACCACAACUGGGAGAACACAAGAACGUGACAAGAAAAGUUUUUCAUUCAUCAUUUCUAUAUCCUUUUCCAGCUAUUCAUUUUACAGGAGGUUUUCUAAGUGUUAUGCUUCUAUGAAUGUUGUUAAGCAAACCAUUAUUAUACAGAUGUUUUUAGAAUGUUACAGAAUUAAUGUUAAAUAAAA